AAAAUAUGGAACUCAACCGAGAACAUUUUCGCGCCAUAAUUUAUUACAACUUUCAGAAACAAUUAUCGCAACAAGAAUGCCUUGCUGAGUUACUGUCUGUUUUCGGCAACGAAGCGCCACAUCAGUCGACAAUUUCCCAUUGGUAUGAAGAAUUCGAACGUGGACGGGUGAGUCUUAGCGACGAUCCCAGGGUGGGUGCACCAAAAACGGCAGUCACCCAAGAAAACGUCGAUGCUGUGCGCAAACUCAUCAUUGAGGAUAGACAUGUGACAUAUCGCGAGAUUGAGACGAGUAUGAAAAUUAAGCAGAAAGCAGCCAGGGUUAAUUGGUGUCAAAAAACGCUUGACCGUUUCAAUUCCGGAAACUCAAAAAAUGUGUACAGCAUUGUUAGUGGUGAUGAAUCGUGGAUUUACUGUUAUGAACCAGAAAAUAAACGACAGUCAGCUGUUUGGUUGUUCCAAGGUGAAGAAAAGCCAACAAAAGUCAUCCGUUCUCGAAGUGUUUCGAAAAAGAUGGUCGCGGCAUUUGUGUCAAAAGCGGGUCAUAUUGCAACAAUUCUUCUUAAUGAGCAAAGAACUGUUACUGCGGAUUGGUAUUCCACCAUUUGUUUGCCAAAAGUCAUCACCGAGCUUCGAAAAAUCAACUCGGAAAGAAGAAUCAUCCUCCAUCAAGACAAUGCAAGCUCGCACACAGCCCAAAAAACAAGGCAACCUAACGAUUUCUUUACUUUCCCGAAAAUUAAAAACAGACUGGGUGGUCAAAGGUUCCAGUCACCAGAAGAAGCAGUUGACGCAUUCAAAAAUGCAGUUUUGGAUUUGCCAGCAAACGAGUGGAAUAAGUGCUUCGAAAAUUGGUUCGAAUGCAUGCAGAUGUGUAUAAAUCUUCGUGGAGAAUACUUCGAAAAACAAUAA